GCGCUGGACAAGCUGUCGGCUCACAUUGCCAGAGCGAUCACGCAGCAAAUCGCGACGGUUAGCGCGUCAGGCCAAGCUCCACCGGCGGUGUGCAAGCUCGACUUGAAAGGAUAUAUUGACGGUGAUGUUUCGUCGUCUAUUGACUUUAGUGGAAGGGGUUCUUCUGCUGCCGCUACGGAACCAUAUGUUGAAUCCUCGGUUGAGCUGAGGCAGACCGAGCCGACUCAUGUGGGCAAUGAAGUACAGCCUUCUGAGAAUCAUGUCCCGAGACGAAGUAGCCGGUCACGACGUGCUUUGAACAAUGACUCGGACUCGGAAUCGUCGAAGCGUCGUAAGAUCACAGGCGGACUGAGAUUACAACGACCAGCUGGAUCAGCAAACCAGAGCAUGUCUCCUGAGCGUGGAGAGAGCGAGCAAGCGCCCGUCCGCCGUCUCCAGGCAGAUGUCCCACAAAAACCACAAAGACGGACUACGCGAGACGAACCUGCCUUGCGGCCUUCUACCUUGAGCAAAUUGAUCGUGGGUAUUUGGGAGCAGGUGUUUAGUAGCAUGAGUUUCGAUAUCAGUGUCGUGUCCAGCGAAUGGCGAACAACUGGAUUCAACGCCCAUCGAUCACUCAUCACGGAUAUGGCUCAGGAAGGUCAACCACCCAGCGCGGUACAGGUGCCGCCAGCUACAGCACCGGAGAGGACUUUUACCCGGAUGAACUUGUUGUGUCGAAAGAUCAGUCAAGCCAGCCGAUGCUCACGAGCACUUGAAGUUGUGGUACAGGCUUCUUGGAUUGAGCACUUCGACAGACAGGUGCAGGAGAUUGCCAAGGAGAAUCCUCAACUAUCAGCUACUAAGGCAAGGAUGAAAGCACUUGCUCAAGCGUGUUCUGAGAUUGGUUGGAGUGAAAAGGAGAUUCGCAACAAGAUGGCCAUCUGGCGUGGCUACAAAGAGAUCAAAGACCAUGGCGGAUGGGUAUGUCUGGUUUUUGCAGGAAUGGGCAUCUACAGAUUCUGCAAAUAUCGCAUUGGCUUUGACCCAGAGUCUAUGGCAAUCCUCAGACGGUCACGUGCCAGGUUUGAAGUGGCCGCUGAUACAUUGGUUCNNCACCCGUAUUGGCGAGACCUGCUUGCAAUUGUCGGCGACCCGUCCUCUCGCGUCUACACUGGCCAUCCCCAUGACUGGGUUGUCUCAGACCACGACGAUCCAGUUCCACUCAAACAAACAUACUUACAGUAUGAUCCGCAGUUUUCUUUUACACACUUGGACUCAUCCGUCGUGGACCCAUAUGCCUUUGGCGCCAAUGACCCUCGCCAAAUUGCAGUAAAUUCACACCAAGCAGCGCACAUCUGCAGCGUAUGUGGAGAAAAACAAUCAGAAGAUGUGACGGAAAGCACCUGUCGCUGUUUCCCGAACCUGUUCGGCAGUGAUCAUCUACCCAUGGCCCCUGUCCAGAUCUUCCGCACAAAGAAUGGACGCAAUAACGGGCUCAUGGCAUGUUGUNGUAACCACCAGCCCUUCGAACGCGGCGUCGCGAUCGGCGAAUUCACCGGUCUCAUCACAAAAGGCCUCGAAGGCAUGGACGUCAUGCAAGCCGAAGCCGAGCAACGCUACCAGAUCUACCAAGGCCGCGAAGGCAACUACACUCGUUUCGUCAACCACUCUUGCCGUCCCAACUCCCAAUUCCAGCGUUUUGUGUGGUUGGGCACGCAAAGAAUUAUUCUUGUGAGUAGGGGUAUUGAAGCCGGUCAGGAAAUCACGGUGGAUUAUUCGGAUGCUUAUUGGAGGAAUUUGCCAAAGAUUUGUUUGUGUCAGGAGAGUUGUUGUAGGUUCAAGGAUAGGGAGAGGGGUNUGCAGCAGAGGAUUGAGACUGCGACUGCUUCGCCUGCGUCC